GCCCUCCUGCACUUCACAUCUUCCAGCUUCACUGUGGCAAUCAUGGCAAACCCAAUUCGCUACCGCAACGGCGAGCAGCGCAUCGUCAGCAUUAUCGGGGACGAGGAUACCGUGACUGGGUUUCUUCUUGCUGGGGUCGGCGACAAUCGUGUUACACCAAACCAAGUAGCAAACCCAGUAGAUGGGCAGCCACAGAAAACGACGCCACCGAACUAUUACGUUGUCAACCCAUCCACGCCGCUUUCUGAAAUUGAAGAAGCCUUCACGACGAUGUGCAACCGUCGCGACAUUGGAAUCAUUAUUAUUUGCCAGCACAUUGCGAACGACAUUCGCCACCUGGUUGCGGAGCAUACUGCUGUAAUUCCCUGCAUUUUGGAAAUUCCAAGCAAGGGGCAGAAAUACGAGGCUGAGAAGGAUUUCGUUCUGGAGAAGAUUUCACGCGCUCUCGGCAUCCGGUAA